AUGAUGAAAUUGUCCAAGUACACCAUGAAACGUAACAAAUCAUCAAUCAAAUCAUUACGUAAUUUAAAAAUUAUCAUUAGUUUCUUCUUAUAUUUUUGUUCAAUUAAUUCAUCAAAAUGUUUUGCUGAUUAUCAAAUGAAUUCAAACAGAAAUCAAUUAUCAUCAGAAAUUAGCUCAAAGAUGAAUACAGCUAAGAACUAUGAUCAUUUAUCAAAUAAUUUUCAUGAAUAUACCGAUUAUUAUACAAAUACAAAACAUGAUUCACUCAUAGAUAAUCAUCAUUUAAUGCUGUCUUCAUUGAAUGAUGUACUAUCUUCAUCUCCAUUAUUAUCACCUUCAGCUUCUUCUUCUUCUUCUUCAUCUUCUGCAUUGUCGUCACCUGCGUCAUCAUCUUCGAUGUCUGCGCCAUCACAUGGUGAAAUAGAAUCACAUCGUUGUGAACCGAUUACAUUAGUAUUAUGUAAAGGGAUGUAUUAUGAGUAUACACGACUACCGAAUAUGUUUCAUCAUGAAACACAAGAAGAAGCUGGUUUAGAAGCUCAUCAAUUAUAUCCAUUAGUUCAAAUUAAUUGUUCCAAAGAUUUACGAUUUUUAUUAUGUUCAAUUUACACACCAAUUUGUAUUAAAGGUUAUCCACAUUUUCUACCACCAUGUCGUUCAGUCUGUGAACGUGUUAAAGCCGGUUGUUCACCAAUUAUGGAACAUUAUGAAUUUCCAUGGCCAGAACGUAUGAAUUGUGAACAAUUUCCCGAAUAUAAUAAUCCUCAAGGUAUUUUAUGCAUGGAACGUAAUUUAACUCAAGAAGAACAAUUAGAACUUCAAUCAUUAAACAACAAUGUUAAAAAUCAUGUACCAUUGAAAUCAACCAAUCAAAUGUCAGUUGGUCAUUUCGAUGAAUCAUCAGCUAAAGGCUUACAAAUCAUCACUGAUUGA